AUGGAAAGCGAUCACGUGGCCGGGAUUGGCGUCGCCACACGCGAUGAUCCGGAUGUGUCAUGGAACCCCUAUUUUAGUUACAGGGCUGGGUCCUGUGGAAGUGCCACGAGCUUUGGCGAACUGCGGGGUAGCCAAGGCUCCAUUCGGCACGGCAGCCGCCUGAGUUGCCGCUCCAGCGUGCGCGAUGACGCACAUACCCUGGACGAGUCCCGGCGUAAGCAGCGGGUGAUUCGCUACAUGCAGGAGGAACGCGAACGUGCCGCGCGCUCGAAGCUUGAGCGUCUGGAGCAUGACGACUGGAUGAGUUUUCGCGCGCUGGAGCGCUGUGAGCGCAUGCAGUACAUGGACGAUGAGGAGAGGGCCGAGUUUCUCCGGCAGGAGGCGCUGGAAGCCGAACGCGAACGCGUCGCCGCCGAAGAGGCUGCGCGGAGGGCCGCAGAGGCCGCUCUGAAUCGACGCUGCUCCGCGGCGAACGCACGCCCGAGGGUGGAGUCACGGGAGGCGUCGGUGGGGCCGCGUGGCGGGAAGGAGGCCCUUGUCUCCGUUACGCAGAAGCCGGACGCGGCGGCGGCCCGGGCCUCCCCCGCCGAGGGGGUGGAGAGUCCCCAGAAGACGAUGGCGGUGGCCCAAAAGCUCGAGAUGGAACUCCGCUCCCAGCUUCGCCGUGCCCAAGAUGACGCCUCCGACGCCCAAGCCGAGAUUGAAAAAACGAGGCAGAUGCAUCGAACUGUGGAGGAGAGUCUCCUGCGUGAGGUGAAGCGGGCAAAUGACGAGGCUGCCAUGCGCAAGGUCGCCGAGGAGCGCGCAGCGUCUCUGGAAAAGGGAAUAAACGACAUGCGGCGGCGGGUGGCGGAGAUGGCGGAGGAGCUGCGACGACUGAGAGGGGAGGCGGAGGAGGAGCAGGUGAGGUUGGGCGAGAAGGAAGAGCAGCUGAGGUCUCUUCGAGAGCAGCUAAGUGCCGCCCAAAAGGAAAAUGCGGCGUUAGAGGCCACAUGCAAGCAGUUGCGGGCGGAGAAGGACGCGCUGCCGACGCGGGCCCGUAACGCCCUGCCCCCCAAGCCGGCGGAGGGGCAGCGAAAACAACCACAACGAAAGUCAAUUCGCGCAAACAAUUUGGGCGACGCUGUGGCGAAGACGGAGCCCAAGUCCUCGCAGCAGCCUUUGCAGGCCGCGACGAAUCCCUCGCGGGACAACCAGGACGAGGUUCACUCGCUGCGCGGCCAGCUAGAACAGCAGGCAACCGCAUUGAAACAAGUCCGAGAUGAAAAUGCUGCCUUGAAAGACCAUCUACAGGAAGAAACGAGAAUGCGAAGGACGUUUGAAGACCUUGCCACGCAGGCGCACCGCGCCCAGAAUGAUGGUUCCCCGAUAGAGAAGCUGAGGCAGGCGGAGGAAGAGGCAAAGCGGUACAAGGCGGAGGCGGGGGCGGCUCGGCAGGAACGGGAUGAGCUGCGGGCGACGGCGGACAAGGAAAUAGCGUUCCUAAAGGACUGGUGCGCACGCCUGGACGCGCAGUGCAGGCAGCAAAUGCGCGAGCUGCGAGAGCAGCAACCGCACGAUGCGACGCGCGCCCCCCGAACAGAAGACAGAGCAGAACACCUCAGUAGCGCGCGGGCCCCAAGGGACGCGGCAGAAACGACGUCGGCCGGUGAUUCUGCGUUGGUGGAAAAGCUUCAGGCCGAGUUGAAUGAGACGCGAGCACUACUGAAGGAGUCUGAGGAGCAAAAGCAGCGCGCCCUCGCAACGACAGCGUCGCUGAAGCCGAAACAGGGAACUUCCCCCAAGAUUGAUGGGCACAUCAGCUCCGGCGCCCCGAACCAGAUCGGUGUCUUGCCAAAGGCCAACAAGGAGCCGAGGGAGGCGGAGGCAGCGGGGGCGUCGGCGCGAGGUGAGCCGGCAGCCGAGUGGAAUAAAGAGGAGCCACUCCAACGCGCGAACGGCUUGCCACCGCAAGCAGUGGGUCCGGCGGAGGCAAGGCUGCUUCCAGUGCAUGUAGCGAAAGAAAUCGGGGUCGGAGCCGGGACGGCUUCUGUUGCCCCCAACGGGUUUUCAACGGAGUUGGAAGAGCUCCGCGAGCAAUUGGCAUCCCUGCAGCAGGAACUGGAAAAGGAAAGGCAGGCCCGCGUGGACGCCGAGCGGGAGGCCGCCGCGCAGAAGGCACGGGCUGACAAGGAGGCGGCUGCUAGUAUGGGCAAGAAGAAGAAAACGAAGGACAAGGCGAAGUGUCACUGCUAG